AACAAAGAUAAAUACUUGAUAUCUGUGUGGCAGGAGUGAACUUCACACAUAACUCAACCACCGACUCCUAUCUGGUCUUCUCAAGGAACAUUUGACAUUUAUUUGCACAAAAAUCAAAACUUUCUCCUGAGUUUCACUUGGACUUGAGCAUGGAAUGGAUGUGUUAACGAGGCAAGCAGACGAGUCAGGAGGAAUUUCAGGAGAGAGAGUUAUAACUGAAACUAUUUCGACAACUAGACUCACAUCAUUACCACCAAAGGGCUUCAGUGGAUCUAGCAGUAAGAGCAUGAGUAACAGCUCUUGGGGAAACGGCUUUGAGAAGAAUAUUCUAAACCAAAACAGCAGCACCUCCUACUUCCCAUCCUCCUCAGUGGGUGUGAAUGCAGGAGGAUCAGUGUUAGAUUAUGGCCUGUUUAUUGGUGAUGACUCCACUGGGAACAGCAAAGGUGGAGGGGGACGUGGAGGCAGUACAGGAUUUGAAAGUGUAUCUGGAAAAGACUCUGGGUCAAAGAGCAGGUCCAGCUCCUCAGGAGGAUUGAGAAGGACACAAGGUUCAUCAUCCUCAGUUAGUCACUCCCCCCUUUUCAUGGAGAGAAAAACUACCAUCAGUCACUCAGGAGGUUAUGACGGAAGUUCAAGCGCCAACUCAUCACCAGAGCUCACGAGGAAGGACUAUGGCUCAUCUAGAGGAAGGUCCCAAACCAGAGAGAGUGAAAUCAGGGUCAGAUUACAGAGUGCAUCUCCAUCAACCAAAUGGACAGAGCUGGAUGAUGUGAAGAAACUAGUGAAGAGUGGACGAUCAUCAAGUGUCAGCCCCACCCGCUCCACAGCCUCCUCCACCCUACCUGUUCCACGAAAAGCUAAAGUCGAGACCAAAAUCAUUAAACAAGGCACUCAGACUGCCUCAGGGCAGUAUGACACCACUAUUCUGGACUCAGCACUUCCAUCGUAUACAUGGACCAGCUCCACACUGCCCUCUAAUGCUUCCAGCACUACUGCUUUUGCUUAUCAAAGCAGCACCAAUAACAUGUCACCAGGAUCUUCUCUUUUAAACACCACUUCACCUUCCUCACUGUCAGUGUAUGGCUUCCAGAAUAAUCUUGCCACACCAUCUAGUACACUUCUCACAUCGAAUACAGUUAACACACAUUCAGCAUACGGUGUGCAGAAUUCUACAGGAUACGGUGUCCAGAAAAACAUUUCUCAGAGCAUUGGUAGCACCGGUCUCGUUAGUACAGGAGUCUCUACUUCUACAGGCACAACUACACGCUCUGUUAAUGAUGACAUGCCACGAAAAUAUAUUAUUCUUGAGAAGGAGAAUAUUCCUUCAAAAAAUGAAACAGAAGUGCUCAUUCUGUCAAAGGACAGUGGGAAGCAGUUCUCCAGCAGCACAUUGUACGGAAAAGGAGGGUCUGUUUCAGAUGUCUCACUGAAGAAGGAGACUGUGGCAAGCAGCACCACUGAGGCAGCUCCUGUCAAAUUAAGUUCAAGCUCCUACUAUGGAUCUUCAUCAACUCCUACCAAAGAUAAGGCUACAUAUGCAGAGAUCUAUAAGGAGAAGAAUGAUGGAAAAGGAGGAAGCGGCUGCUUUGGCUGUGGUCCGAGCUGCUGCUCCUGGUGGAAGUGGCUGCUUGGACUGCUGCUUGGUCUUCUGCUGCUCCUCAGCUUCCUUUUUGGACUCAUUGCUCUCGCGGAGCAGGUGAGGAAGCUGACAGAGCGUGUGGAUGCUCUUGAGGCCCAGUUACAAACCAGCAGGGCUCACACUAGUCGACUGACUGGAAAUAACAUUCACAAUCAAAGGUCAGGAGCAUACAUGGACAACGGUCUGGCUGCUUCUGAUAACACACAGGACCUGGGAGCUGCUUCUUUCUCAAACACUGCGGCCCUGCAGCGAACGAUACAGAGCCUCCUGCAAAACGAGCUGCAGUCUGAGUCAUUCAGAGCUAGCCUCGCUUCCUCACUCAAUUUAGAAAGAGGACUGCCGGGGCCUAAAGGUGACACUGGAGCUCCAGGACCCAAAGGGGAUAGUGGCUUCCCAGGGAUGCCAGGUUCUCCAGGAGCAUCAGGGCACCCAGGACUUGAAGGACCAAAAGGACAAAAAGGAAGUCCAGGCGAGCAUGGUGCAGAGGGGCCUCCAGGACUCAGGGGCCGAGAUGGGCCACCAGGGAUGCGAGGAGAACCAGGUCCUUCAGGCAUUGGAGAAAAGGGUGAAAGAGGCUUUUCAGGGGAACCAGGGACUCGUGGCUCUCCUGGCCCAGCUGGUCCACCGGGUCCAAAAGGCUCAGCAGGUGUUAAUGGUCUGGCAGGUGCACCAGGUGAACCAGGUCAACAAGGUUUCAGAGGGGAAGCAGGUCCUGCAGGACCUAAAGGGGACCGAGGACCUCAUGGACCACAGGGAAUUAAGGGUGAUCAUGGUGAAAAGGGAGAUCCUGGUGUACCAGGUUUCCCAGGGGUUCCAGGAAAAUCAGGACUCAACGGUGAGAAAGGAAGCAAAGGCUCAACAGGGGCUUCAGGUGCAGAUGGUGAAAAGGGCCAAAGAGGUGACCAAGGUCCAAUUGGGAUGCCAGGAAUCAGAGGCCCUGCUGGACCACCUGGUGAUGCUGGACCUCCAGGAGCACCAGGGCUUCAAGGACCUCCAGGCAUUGCAGGACUUCCUGGACAACCUGGUGUUAAAGGUGAAAAUGGUGAACCUGGCAGAGUUAUCAAUGCAGCAGGCUCCAGUUCUGUGGCAAUUCCUGGACCACCAGGGCCGCCUGGACCACCUGGACCUGCUGGACCUCCAGGAUUGUCAGGCCCUGUUGGUCCUGCUGGAAUUCCUGGCCAACCAGGUCCUAAAGGUGAUAAGGGUGAUCAAGGAGAGGCUGGGGUCACAGAUAAAAUUAAUUCAGCUAGAGGAGAAAGACUGUUUGGUUCUUUAGAUACUCAAGUUAUUCAGGGACCACCUGGUCCCCCGGGGCCUCCUGGAGCUCCAGGAUAUGGCACACCUGGCCCAAGAGGAGAGAAAGGAGAGAGGGGAGAGCCAGGGAGCUUUGUUCCCAACUCAGGAACAUUUUUCGCUGGACCACCUGGACCACCUGGACCUGCAGGUCCUAAAGGAGACACAGGAUCACAAGGGCCUAGAGGAUACCAAGGGGAUCCAGGUCAGCCCGGCCUACCUGGAAGACCAGGGGGAUCAGGAGAAGUCAGACAGUAUAGUGGAGCUCAAGGCCCCGCUGGGCCACCUGGACCUCCAGGGCCACCAGGUCAACAGGGUGCUAAAGGGGACAGUGGCAUUCCGGGUGCUCCAGGGAUCCCAGGAACAUCAAGAGGUUCAGGUUCUGUCGGAGUUCCAGGGCAGCCUGGACCCCCAGGACCUCCUGGACCACCUGGUUCUCCUGGACAGUCUGGAUCUUCAGCUGAUUAUCGCCGUUUCAUUAUUGACUACAUGCAGAGUGACAGUAUGAGGCAGCAUUUGUCUGGUUUCCAAGGGCCUCCUGGUCCUCCAGGGGCCUCAGUGUCUGUUGAGGAUGUGGCAUCUCGUGUUAUUGCAUAUAUUCAGCGCUCUGGAUUAAGUGGAUCCCCUGGUCAGCAGGGUCCUCCUGGCCCUCCUGGCUCUAUAUCUGUUAGUGACAUUAUUGCGUUAUUACAAAGAGAUGAUGUUAGGCGUUAUGUAAUUGGCCCUCCAGGACCACCUGGCCCUUCAGGAAGUGUAAAUCUAGCCAACAUUGACACACAAGAAGUGGCAAACUAUGUUCUGAGAAUAAUGAAUGAUCGAGGGUUGACGAGUAGACCUGGACCUCCUGGUCUUCCUGGUCCACCUGGUUCACCUGGCCAACCAGGCUCCACCUACAGUGACAUCACUGCUUUGAUUGAGAGGUCAGGACUUAGAGCAGGUCUUCAAGGUCCUCCCGGUCCUCCAGGAAGACAGGGCCUACCUGGUCCAGUUGGUCCCCCAGGAGCUCCGGGCUCUUCAAUCUCAGGAUAUAGAAUUGAAGACAUCCAGGCAUACAUACAAAAUUCUGGCUUACGGGGAGCCCCAGGGCCACCUGGCCCUCCAGGACCUCAGGGGCCUGCUGGGGAAUCUAGGGCACUUGUGUCCUAUGACACAACCAGUCAGAGAGCACACAUUCGUGCUGAGCUUCAGGAGUAUCUCAGUAGUGAUGCGAUGCGGCGGUACACCUCAGGCCUUCCUGGACCCCCUGGUCCUCCAGGACCCCGUGGUGAAAAAGGGGACCGUGGUGAUUCUGUGGGAGGUGGCUACUACUAUGCUGCUGACCGUAAUGGAGUCAGGUUGGCUGAAGCAGACUACUCCAAUGUUGCUCUGAAAGUCACUGACUACAUUCAGAAUCAGGGACUACUGCAGGAAAUUAAUGAUAAUUAUUGGAGAUCUCAUUCCAUGGGAGUCCAAGGCCCUCCUGGUCCUCCUGGGCCACCUGGCCAUCCUGGAUACAGCCGUGUUUUUGCUACCUAUGGAAAUGUCACUGCAGAUCUCAUGGAUUUCUUCAGAAUACAUGGUACUAUUCCAGGUCCACCUGGUAGGCAAGGGCAUAAAGGAGAAAGAGGAUACCCUGGACCUAAAGGAGAAAAAGGGGAGAUAGGAAGACAAGGCAUACCUGGUACUCAGGGACCAAGAGGUCCAGAGGGGCCAAGGGGACAAAAGGGUGAGAAAGGUGAAAUCCAGAUUGGUCGCCGGAGAAGGAGUCUUGGCGUAUAAAGGCUCACAUUUGUUUCAGUCAUAAAAACUUUUUCUCUUCAUGGUGGCUUUGAGGUAUAUAGUGAAGCAAUCUAGAAAGGGCAAGCAUUUGAAAUGUGUCUUAGCCAAAGUCUGUUCAGCAGGCCUGAUGUAGUGCAGUUUCUCAAAUAAUACAAAUUACUUUACCUUUCAGCAUGGUAUUUAAUCCAUAUUACCCACAUCUUCAGUCUUCCUAAUUACAGAUAAAAACAUUGUUUUGUACUUUUCAUAAUUUUUUUGUUCUUGUUGUUUGUUUAAUGUGGAAGUAGCUUUAUACUUUACUAGACUGCACAUUUGGAACACUUCAUAUCCUUCAGCACUUUUUGAAUUGUGUAGCCUAAAAAAUGUUCUUGCACUCCUGAUAAAAUAUAAGAAUGUAGUAUAAUUCGGCACAACAUAAAAGAGCUAACCUUCACUGGACUUUAAGAUUUCAAACCUUUUUUGUUUAUUAUUCAAAAGUUUAAUAUGAACUAAAUUUGUUUACCAAACGUAAUAAAAUUUAAAAUGAUUUAAAUGUUUAGCA